CAACAGAAACUGUCACAGAAAGAAAAUGAAAACGGGAAACUUGAAGAUCAAGCUUUCUUUGAGACCAAGAAAUUGCUGGUUAGUGGGUUCGAUAGCUUGAUGAAUGAACGCAGGCUGAAAACCUUAAUUGAGGUCGUGAGCGGUGCCGAGGUGGAGGAGGUACAAAUGUUGAUGAACGGCAGAGCUCUAAUCACGAUGACCAAAGAUGUAAAAGAUUACAGUUAUAUCAAGAAGGAAGUUGAAGUUGAAACUAGAGGUUUGGUGUCCAUCGAGCAAGUUCCUGUUCGCAAAAGCAUUCUUGUUACCGGUUUUUCAGAUGACACUACCUAUGAAGAAAUUGAACUGUUUUUUGAGAGCCGUAGGAACAACGGAGGUCCUGUAGAGAAAGUUACCUAUGUACCCGAGCGUCAUCAAGCUAUCGUCGUGUUUCAAGAAGUAACAGAUAUACAAAGAGUCUUGGCCUUACACAGAGAGAGACCACUAAUCUCAAAUGGGAAAACGUUGUCACUUGAAAUUUGCUACGAGUUGCAAGACAUCAAAGAAGGUGAUAGACCCGAAAAUGAAGGCGAAUUGAAAGAGACUGUGGAUAUUGCAAGAAGGACUAAAUCAAACACGAUGCUCAUGGCUGUAGAUCCUGAUGUGAUGGAAUACAUCACCAAAACGGCAUUUCAGGAUCAACUUAAUAGCUCCUUGGCUAAAAAGAAAGGAGUUAUCACCUGGAAACCCAACGAAAAAACAGCUGCAAUAGAGUAUCACGGAGAGAGUGGAGGCGAUUCGUGGAAGUCUGACUGCUUUGAAGAAGUACAAAAUUUCGUCGACAAGUUUGCGAAGUGUGAUGUCCCGGUAAACAAGGAUUUUUGGGAAGCCGUGGUGGCUCAAGGGUCCUUGGGAUUUGACCCUUCCCUGAUAAAAAUCAGCGGUGAUACUCAUUCUUUGAGGAUUGUUUGCUUGAAAACAGAUGUAAAAAGUAACCAGGAAAAAGUGAAAGCUAAAUUGGAAGAGAUAUACCUCAAUGAGAUCCUGAAAACCAACACAAAAAUCAAAAUACAAAAUGUUCCUAAAGAACGCUUAAUUUUGCUAAAAAAACUGAAGUUUGUGGAGAACCUUAAGGAGAAAAACCGAAAAAUAGAAAUCAGCUUGGAUGUUGAAAACGAAGAACUACGUUUCAAAGGUCCUCAGCAACAACUGAAUGAGGCAAUCGUGGAGUUUCGGGAUCAUAUGAAUGACGUGGUUGAAAAAUCACUGAAAUUAUCCGUAAAGUUAAAAGAGAUUUUGGGCUCAAAAGUUGGGCUUCAGACGGUGAAUGGUGAGUUGGAAAAACACAACGUGCAGGCUGUGAUCUUCAUUGAUAAAGAGGCCAGGGUGGUAGGAACAUCAACCGCGCAUGUCGAUAACGCUUUGGAGGUUGUUAAUAGGUUGAUGCUGGAAGAAAAAGUUCACGUAGAGGAAGAAAGUCAAAUUUUGCUACAAUCCCAUACCUGGCAUCUACUGUGUCAGGAGAUUAACACCCAGUCCACUGUCCACGUUCACGGAAACUCCUGGAAUGAUGUAUACUUAGUUGGGUUCCGAGAAAACGUUUCUCACGAGAUGAAAAAGUUACAGACCUUCUUGGAAAAAAACCGCAUCAUCAUGAAAGAUCAGUUUCAGUGUCGGGCAACAAUUAUUAAAAAGUAUCUCGUCGACAUUUGUCAUGAAGAUUUACGCUGCAUUGAGGUUCACCUGAAAGAAUUUCAGGUGAAGAUUAAAACAGGAAAUACCGACAAUUUCCUUGAAAUUUCCGGAAGAGAAACAGGCUUAAAAAUAGCAAGAGAGAAAAUUGAUGAUCUUCAAAAGAAUAUCGUUUGGAAGACUUGGAAAGUGGAACAGCCAGGCCUCUGUAGAUAUUUUGAAGGCGGGAAAGAAAACUACUUAAUGAUGUCUGUGAAAAAGAAACAAGCUUGCACCAUUAGCAUCCAGAAAAGUUUUAUGCAAACAGACGAAAAUGAAUUAAAAACUGUAGAUUAUGACUCAUCAGCAGCCAAUACCAACCAUGAAGACGAUGAAGAUGACUGCAAAGGCGCUGAGGACGAAGACAACGACGAUUCCAAUGGUGAUAAUAAUGCAAAUGAAGGUGAAGCAGGCUCUUCAUUUGCUGACGAUUCUCCUCUGCUAACAAAACAUGGACACAAAAUAUCAUGGAAAAUGGGGAACAUUGAGGCAGAAAAGGUGACAGUUGUUUUAACUAUUUUUUUCAUAUUUGAAUACGUACUUUGAAUGUUGAUAAAAUAUCAGCUAAAUAGCAUAGGCCACUAUUUCCUCAGUUACGGAUGUUCAUGUCGCAAGCUCUGUUUCAAAAUGACGAUAUUACUGUUGCGAAACACCCCAUAUAUAUAUUUUUGGCCAUCCGGAAAGUCAUAACGUCCUUUAAGAAGGUAUGGUAACAUUCAC